AGGGGGAACUUGGCAGAACGCGAGGUGAUCGCUCGCGAAGUAUCGCACACCGUGUGGCUCUGCGGCUUUAAGUGAUCCAAAGGAAACGCGGCGUUUUUGAGAACACAAACAUUUUCUGCCGGUCUCUCCCCUCCCCGGCUUCCUCCCUCCUGCCUCCCUCUCCCUCACUCCCUCUCUCUCCUUUCUCCUCCUCCCGCCCCUCAAGUUUCUCUGUCUGAUUAAAUGAGAAGGAAGUGUGGGAGUGGUGGUUUUGAAGCUCUCCCUUUAAGAGGCAGCCUGCAGUGACGAAUUGUUGAAAUUGCCAUUGCAGGAUGGCAUUCCGCUAUAAAUUCAUUGUUCCACCUCCUCUCAUCUUCACAUUUCUCUCCCUUCUCCUCUUGUUCACAUCGGCAGACUGGGGAUAACAACAACAACAACAGAAAGGAGAAGGGGAGGAGGGGGCUCGCACCAAAAUCCGGGACGUUUUCCGCUUCUUCGGCUUUUUUUUUCUUUUUUUUUUUUUUUUUUUUUUUUUUUUUUUUCUUUCUUUCUCUUUUUAACCAUCAUCUCACCGGAGACGAUCGAAGCGGUGUUUGGUGCCUGAAUUUCUCCUCUCCCCUUCUCCUCCUUCUCUUCCAAACCGAAGGGGGCAAAGGAAGGAAGGAGCCGCCGGAGCCGGGGAGCGCGGAGCCGCAGCAGAGCUGUCCUCGUCCCGCUGCUGCCGCUGAUGGGGAUGAGCCGCUGACUCCAGCAGAGAAGUGCAAGAGGAGCGGGAAGCGCUCAAACUUCUCUGCACGCCGGCUCCGAGCCUCUCUCCUCCUUCCCCUCUCUCCCCCUCCGCCUCCCCAGCAGCGGGGAUUUGCGAUUUUCGCCUCUCUCUCUCUCCUUCCAUGUGCUCCUGGCUCUUCCCUGCAGAGAAACACAAAGUUCACACGCGAGCGGCUUUUGUUGACAUCCUUCCCUCUCCCGCUCACACUUGACUCGCGCUCAGGAGGCAGAACUUUCUUCUCCUUCGUUUCCCCCCUUCCCUCCUUCUCCCUUCUCUCCUUCCCCUCUGCACUCCGCCGCCCGGCUCUUUCCCCCGCUCCCCGUCCUCCGUGACCAUCACUGCUGCCGGGGGCAUGCUCCCCGCGCCGCUCUCCCUGCUGCUGGCCGCCCUCCUGCCCCUCGCCACGGCCCAUCCGCCGCCACCUGCCGCCGCCGGAGCUCCGCCGCCGCCCCCCGGGGCCGCCCCAACGCCGCCGCCGCCCCGGCCCGGCCCUCCCCCGGGGCCGCCCCGCGGGGCCAGCGGCGUCGUGCGGCGCCUCGACCCGACCUACGCGGGGGGCGGCAGGGCGGGCUUCGUGCUCUACGCCGGCGGCCGCCGCUUCCUCCUCGACCUGGAGCGCGACGAGGCGCCGGGAGCGCCGCGGAACGGCGGGCCGCCGCGCUGCUACUACCGCGGCACGGUGGACGGCAGCCCGCGCUCCUUGGCCGUCUUCAACCUCUGCGGCGGCCUCGACGGCUUCUUCGCCGUCGGGCGCGCCCGCUACACCGUGAAGCCGGCGCGGCGCGGCGGGGAUGAGGAGGACGAGGAAGAGGAGGGCGGCCCGCGGAUCUACGGCGAGGGCCCGGCCCGCGCCCCGCACUUCUUUCGCAGGGAGCGCUUCAGCUUCGAGACGCUGCCGGCCCGCCCCAGCUGCGAGACCCGCGGUCCGGCCGGCGCGGCGGCGGCGUCUGAGAGCGGGCGGCGGAGGCGGCGGCGGCGUCGCUCGGUGUCGCGGGCCCGGCAGGUGGAGCUGCUGCUGGUGGCCGACGCGUCCAUGGCGCGCAAGUACGGAAAGGGGCUGCAGCACUACCUGCUCACCUUGGCCUCCAUCGCCUCGCGGCUCUACGCGCACGCCAGCCUGGAGAACCACGUGCGGCUGGCCGUUGUGAAGGUGGUGGUUCUAGGCGAGAAGGAGAAGGGGCUGGAAGUCAACCGCAACGCCGCCACCACCCUGAAGAACUUCUGCAAGUGGCAGCACCAGCACAACCGCCUCGACGACGAUCACGACGAGCACUACGACGCCGCCAUCCUCUUCACCCGCGAGGAUUUAUGUGGGCAUCAUUCAUGUGAUACUCUGGGAAUGGCAGACGUUGGGACCAUAUGCUCUCCUGAGCGCAGCUGUGCAGUGAUUGAAGAUGACGGCCUCCAUGCAGCUUUUACAGUGGCUCACGAAAUUGGGCACUUGCUUGGGCUUUCCCAUGACGACUCCAAAUUUUGUGAGGAGAACUUUGGCUCCAUGGAAGAUAAACGCCUCAUGUCCUCCAUCCUGACUAGCAUUGAUGCUUCCAAGCCUUGGUCCAAAUGCACAUCAGCAACUAUAACAGAAUUUUUUGAUGAUGGUCAUGGUAACUGUUUGCUGGACCAACCAAGAAAGCAGAUCCUGGGCCCCGAGGAGCUUCCGGGACAAACCUAUGAUGCCAUUCGUCAGUGCAAAUUGGCAUUUGGACCUGAAUAUACAGUGUGUCCCGGGAUGGAUGUGUGCUCUCGCUUGUGGUGUGCAGUUGUUCGUCAAGGUCAAAUGGUUUGUCUGACUAAGAAGCUGCCUGCUGUGGAAGGAACACCAUGUGGAAAAGGGAGGAUCUGUCUCCAGGGAAAAUGUGUUGACAAAACCAAGAAGAAAUACUACUCGGCAUCAAGCCAUGGUAACUGGGGGUCAUGGGGACCCUGGGGACAGUGCUCCCGUACGUGUGGAGGAGGUGUUCAGUUUGCUUAUCGUCACUGCAAUAACCCAGCUCCUAGAAACAACGGCCGGUACUGCACUGGCAAGAGAGCCAUCUAUCGAUCUUGUAAUGUCACACCUUGCCCAGCAAACGCUAAAUCUUUUCGACAAGAGCAGUGUGAAGCAAGGAAUGGUUAUCAGUCUGAUGCAAAGGGUGUCAAAACUUUUGUUGAAUGGGUCCCCAAGUAUGCUGGAGUGCUUCCCGGAGAUGUUUGCAAGCUCACCUGCCGAGCCAAAGGAACGGGCUAUUAUGUGGUAUUUUCCCAAAAGGUAACUGAUGGUACUGAGUGUCGGCCAUACAGUAAUUCAGUCUGUGUCCGGGGAAAAUGCAUCCGAACUGGCUGUGAUGGCAUCAUUGGUUCAAAGCUCCAGUAUGAUAAAUGCGGGGUAUGUGGAGGAGACAAUUCAAGCUGCACAAAAGUCAUGGGAACCUUCACCAAAAAGAGUAAGGGCUACACAGAUAUAGUGAAAAUCCCAGAAGGAGCAACUCACAUCAAAGUUCGUCAAUUCAAGACUAAGGACCAGAGCAGGUUUACUGCCUACCUGGCCCUGAAAAAGAAAAACGGUGAGUAUCUUGUCAAUGGAAAAUAUAUGAUCUCCACUUCGGAAACAAUCAUCGAUAUCAAUGGAACUGUCAUGAACUAUAGUGGCUGGAGUCACAAAGAUGAUUUCUUGCAUGCAAUGGGACACUCUGCCACAAAGGAGGUUCUUAUAGUGCAGAUACUUGCAACUGACCCAACUCAACCAGUGGACGUCCGUUACAGUUUCUUUGUGCCAAAGAAGCAAGGACAAAUGACUAACUCUGUCACUGGCAGUGGCAGCAGCAGCAAAGUAACUCCACAGCUCACACAAACCCGGUGGGUGACGGGGCCUUGGCUUUCUUGUUCUCGAACGUGUGACACAGGAUGGCACACCAGAACUGUCCAGUGCAAAGACGGCCAUGGAAAACUAGCUAAAGGAUGUCUUCUCUCUCAGAGACCGUCAGCAUUUAAACAGUGCUUGUUGAAAAAGUGUUAACCUGUGGUUGUGAUCUUCUUUAAAAGAGGUUUGAUGAAGCCAUUAUUGACGUACUAUUAGGUAUUAGGUCUGCCCAGACAGAGAGAAGCAAAGGCUUCAGUGUAUUUACAUAAAGUCUCAAAUUAUGGGCAGAAUCUGCCUAUUUGGACCAAAUGAAGAUGUGCACUGCUUUGAAAAAUAGUAGGGUGAUCUUGAUCUGUUUUAAAAAAAAAAAAAGAAAAAAAAAAGCAUUAAAGUUGCUAUAAGCCCUCUGUGUCUGCAAAAAUAUAAAAUAAAGUAAUGAAAAAGAAGAAAAACUAGCAAAUGGAGGAUCCUGGGAUAUUUGAAGGUUACAGAAUCAUCUCCCCUUUUACACCUACCUCUAAUACAGUAUGUCCUUAGAAAAUGUCACAUGUACCCAUGAUACCACAGAAGCUUAUUUUAUACUAUUUUGUAAAUACAUUUGAUUUGGUAUGUCACUUUAUAUCACUUGGUUCUACUAAAAAAAAUCAAAAGACAAGCUAUGUAAGCAAAGUGAUUGACCAAAGUAUAUCUGCAGCCCUUGUGGACCUUGGUCCAGCCUUCAGAACUGGCUGCAGAUGUUUUACUGGAAAAUGAAGAGCUUGCUGCUGGUUUUAAUAAGUAAUUUGAUUUUGACAAAGGGAAAUGCAUGUUUGUUCUAGGGAUUUCCUGAUAGCAGAUCAUAAUUCUAUGACAAAUUCUGUGUUUCCACCAAGAAAUUCUCAGAGGAGCAUUGCAAGAGUGCAGACCAAGGAUCCCCACAGGUACACUGCUCAUAUACCAGUACCAUCAGCAGCUCCUUACCACGAGUAUGUCAAACACACAUAGGGGUAAUAUUUGUCUGCCUGAAAGAAUCUGUGUACCUUUUUCUUGGUAAACUCUCCACUAGUUCCAGCUUUGUCACAGCGUGGGAUCCCUGUUGUUGCUGAACAAUAGCUGCUAGCUCCUUCUUUCCAACAAACAAAGGCAUACUGUAUUUUGUAGAAACUAGUUAGAGAACCAAAAAUUACAGGUAUGAUAAACAAGUGUCUUCUAACUCAGAUAUUCUGAGGCUAUGUUCAACUGCUUUCUCUGUUGUUUUCUGUAUGGCUUCCACCUUGAAUCUAACAAUGUGUAAUGUACCUACAUCUUUUGAAGAGGCUAUAAAGGUCAAAAAAACACAGCAAGCAGUUAAUAUUUUAUCACUGUUUUGUCCAUCAUGUCUAACUCUGGUAUUCAUCUUACCAGCAAAAGUUUGUAACUGUCUUUUUGUUUGAUUUUUUGUUUGUUUGAUUUUCAUGUUUUGUACAUCUACCACAUUUGGGAGGAAGAGGUAUCAGUAGGAAGUCAAACCACAUCAGGAUGUGGAGGACUUGCCCAACAUCAAUAAAACUGUUUCCACAGUACAGGCAGAAGCUAGUAAUAAUUUCCCUCAAGAGCAGCUUCUGAAUCCCAUUACUAUCUGGUGGAAGUUAGUGACUGAGAAAGGACAUUUCACCAUAUUCAGGUAACAGGUGGGGAGUCCUGACACCAACACUUGUUAGAAUUGCUUCCUUUCAUAUCAGCAGGCUUUGAAUUAAACCCUAGAAUGACAGGUACAAGGUGGUAGAACUCCAUCCGUCUUUUAUUUCUCAGUUUGUCAACACAGGAGAGUAUGAGUGCAGGAAGAUUUUCAGAUACAGCUGUGAGUCAGUAGUACUUAGCACUAUACUUCCCCAGGCUUCAGGCUCUUCAGAAAAUUCCAGUCAUGAAAUCAGAAAAGAAAUCUUGUUGUUUGUGUUGCAAGAAGGGCAGGUCUCACUCCAGGCUGACAUAAACAUGUUUUUGCAACUCUGGCAUGUUUGUUUGAAUUCUAGAAAGCAUGUGAUGAUUUUAAAACAGCACAAAGUUGCUACAUCAACAAGUUGAAACCUGGAGAAAUAUCUGUUUUUGUACUCUAUUCUAAGUAAACACUAAAAGGGACAGGGUCUCCUCUUUGAAAGUGAACUGCAAAGGAAUGUUAUUAGUCAUCUUCAGCUUUCGAGAAUGGUGUGACUUCCUAAUAAAAGUGAAAAACAUGGAUCUUGAGGAAAGUUGGCUACUUUACAACUGAUGCCACCCUAAGAACUUAAAUCAAGGCUCUGAAUAUUUGCAGAGUUCUGUAAAUGCUUAUGUCUUUUCUACCUUAUAACAUAAGAUCAUGUUUGAAGUGUCUUAUUUUCCUUUCAAGUAAACUGAUUUUUAUAUUUAUAUAUGUAUAAACAGGUGUUCUAGGGCUCUUAAGGAAGAUCAUAACAAGUAGAAAACAUCAUAAGUGGAAAGAUAAGGAGCAUAGAUUUGCUGUUUGUCCAGGCCUGAAUUAAUUGGCUGUCCAGCUGCUGAAUUAAUUGGCAUUUAUUUUUCCUGUGUUGUAUCAGAAUAGAGACAGAAUGUGCAAGUAUUUGUGUUUGCAUUAUAGAAAUAAUUUAUGAUGUAGUCAACAAAAUGAGUAAGGCUUUUGGAUGUUAUUCAGACUCCAGGAGAGUAAUACCAUAAACGGGUAUAAAUUUAAAUCUUCUUUAGAUCAAGAAUUUUUCAUAGAAAGAGUCUAUUUAUAAAAAGUAAAUAAAUGCAAGAGCAAACCACUAUACUGAUUUUUUCCAUUUUCACCAGUGUAGUAGUGAAGGAAAUGUGCAAAAAGACGUUGCUUUUAAAUAAAAUCAUGGAAUCAGAAUUUUUUGAGUUGGAAGGGACCUUUAAGCGUCAUCUGGUCCAACUCCCCUGCAAUGAGCAGGGACAUCUAAAGCUGGAUCAGGUUGCUCAGAGCCCCAUCCAGCCUAAUGGAAAGGGAACAGACUAAGGAAGCUAUCCUAAAAGUGUAAGGUGAACUAGGGCAUCCUGCUAUACCCAACAUUUGCUUUUUAGCUGAUCUUUAUAACCAAACUGCAAUUCCCAACUUUGCUUUUUUCAUUUAUACCUAUUUCAUGUAACUGAUGAAUGAAAAAUUGGUGCAAGGUAUGUGAAUUUGCCAUUACAACUUGUGCUUCAAACUAAAUUCCUCGUUGGUCAUCACUGUUUACAUUACUACUGAGUCUUGCCAAACAAGAUUCAUCAAAUGCUUGCAAUGUUAAUGGCACUGUCUCAGAAGUCCAGAAUAUAGAAAUAAGCAAGCUUCAGUGUUAAAUUCACUGUAGACUUUUUGGGACACAACUCCAGUGCCUUAGAUUGGACCCGCUUUUGAAUCUGUGGCUUUUUAUCUGCUUUUCAAAUGAGACAGUGUAAUUAGAAAAAAGCCUUUCAUCUGCAGUUUGAUUGUAUGCAUGAAGUUCAGUUUAUCUGCCCUCCUGUGAAAACAGUUUUAUCACAAGGGGAGAGGGAAUAAUCUUGUGGAUUAAUAACAAUUGUAUUAAAAAAAAAAAAAAAAAAAAAAAAAGCACAGCACUGAAAAAAAAAUAAAAUAAUUUAUUUGUUUUUACAACUAGUAUGUGAAUGGAUGUAAUGAAUUUAUUUAUUCUUAUUUAACAAAAAUAUCAAUUGUGCAAAUUCUUUAUUUAAAAUGUUUGCUAUCAUCUCUGUCUCUCUUUCUUGCUCUCUUAAUUUAUGCUUCAAAUUUGUGUUGAGUUUACAUAAUGUAUGGCACUGGUUAUUUUUUGUUUGUUUUUAUUUAGAAAGCUUUCUGCAUGGAACAGGAGUAUAGGUGUAUACAUGUGUGCACACUGUAUAGAUGUAUAUUCCUUUUCUGCUGCCAUCUUUCUUAGAGAAGUUCAUGACACCUGAUGCUCAAACCUCCUCACUACACUUCAGUUCUAAAAUAUCUCAGUCAUAGAGGUCUGUGGACACAAAAAAAAAAAAAAAAAAAAAAAAAAAACCACCCAGGUUCUAAACAACAGACUCACUCCAUAAAGACAUGUGCAAUUUCUGUUCUGCUCCUUAGUAGUUUACCACUUAGGUUGGUAAGAGCCUUACCAUUUGCACCAAUGGGAGCAAGCUCAGGCUUGCAGUAAAUGGGAAUCCUCUCUUUGUAAAUGAAGUUUCUCUGAGUUGUCAGGGUGGCAAGUGAGUAUUCUUUCAUGCAGCUUCUUAUAUUUAAGUGAAAUCACUACAGAGAAAUUGUUUCGUGUGCCUCUGCAAUUACAGAUUAAAUGAUGUACGAUUUGGUUUAUGAAAAGUGAACCAUUAUAAAAGCUACCUUUUCAAUUUUUUCACCAUUUAUAUACUUAUAUAUCUAUUUAUUACAGCUAUGAAAUGUCAAAAGCACAAUCUGUAAGGCUUUGCAAUGUUUUUCUUUGCUUUACUCUAGUUCUUUGCACCAUGUCAGGCAGUGAGACACAAAUAAAAAGCCAGCCAAGCAUGCAUUCCCAGUAUUUCCAUGAAAAUAACAGUAUCUCAUUACUUCCAGUUUUUGUCUAGUCCAAAUUCUGCUAAGCUCCAGGGAAACUGUACUGGGCUGUGAGGUAAAAAAAAAAAAAAAAAAAAAAAAAGUAUAGUAUAGAUAAACCCAUACUAUCAAUUAACAAUACAAAUUAUUUUUCGAACAACUUCACUGUAAGGGUAGCAUGACAGAUGGCAAAAAAUCUAUUUCAAACUAUAAAAAAAUAUCUUCCUCAUCAGUGCCCAUAGUCACAGUCACACAAGUUACAUUCUAUCUCAUCCUUUGUACCCAAUGUUUGCCACUGUCCAGGCCCUACGGAACACCCAGAGCCAACCAUGAGGCUUCAGAUGAAGUUACAAAGGCCAGUGGGUGACGCUUCCUCCAUUAAAGCCCACUCCAAAACACCAGGAAAUAACAAUAAGCCUUCACUUUGAUGAUCUUUGGGGUGGGCUUUAAAGAAGCCUUGUACAGUUGAAACAUUGAUAAUUGUGUGCUUUCAGCAAAAUGUUUAGGUAUGUGACUGUUUCUCCUUGUGUUCACGAAAGCUGUGCUGUUCUGUCUCACUGAGAAAGACAGAGCCCAUGGCAUGAAGCAAAGUUAGAUUCUUCAAGCUCAGGCUACAAUUUAAAAAAUAACAAAACAAAACAAAACAAAA